UUAAGCUGAAUACCCUGGCAUCCUCCACCACGACUUAAUCAAAUUUCAAAUUCCAACCGUCGCAUCAGCACCUGGCUCUGGCUUUAGCUCGAUCAGUGAGAAGAUCAGGAGCAGAAAAUUCGAUCGAAGCCGCUUUCGAAUUUUAAAUUAAAAUAGUGUCAACUCGAUUGUUUGCUCGAACGAAACAAUUUCUAUUUUUUAGAAACGCCCGCGUGCAUAUAAAAAAAUAAAAAACGCGAUCGCUAGCCAAGCGUCCAUCCUUUGUGUUUAAAAAGUGUUUGUUUUAGAACGAAAAAAGACAGUCAAGAUGGUGGGCACCACACUGAAAAUGCGCGGCGAUGAGAACGCCUCGGAGAACUUCAACCAAGUCCAAAUGAAGAAAUUGACAGUGCCUUCACAGGAGGUCACCACAAAACGCGCCGCUUUGGGCGACUUGCAGAAUCGCGGCCUGAACCGCGCCAUUGCUGCCAAAGAUGCAGCCCAGAAGGAUGCCAAGGAUCUCAAGCUAACCAAUGCCCUGCGCAAUGCCAAGGCACGCGUGGACACUCACUGGAAGAAACAGCCCCUGGGUACGGUCACGAAUGGAGCUGCUGUACCCAAGGGCGAGGUGGGCGUGGCUGCAUUCUUGCGCUCCAACUCUAUGCGCAACGCCAUUGCAACCAAACCCGCAGUGGAGAUUCCCAGCAAGCCGAAGUCCAGCUCCAGUGAGAAUGCCAACGAGCCCACUUUGAAGCGCGAGGACAGCAAUCUGUCCAAGAAAUCCCUGACCAAGCUGCGAGCUGCCUUGGCCAAGCCUGCGAUGGGCGUGUCUGGCUUGCGCCGAGAGCCAGUGGUUGCUGGAGUGCGUAAGGAGGCGGAAGUGAAGAAGGAGGCCACCCGGCCACUAAUAAAGGUCCCCAGCUCGGUCAGCGCCACCGCGGCCAGUACAGUUUCGGCACCGACCACCAUGUCGAUGUCGAGCAAGCGCCUGGCCGGAGUUGAGGACAUUGACGCCAACGAUAAGGAGAACCUGGUCCUGGUCUCCGAGUAUGUGAACGACAUCUAUGAGUAUCUGUACCAGGUGGAGCAGCAGCAGCCCAUCCACAAGGAUCACUUGGCCGGACAGAAGGAGGUCUCGCACAAGAUGCGCGCCGUGCUGAUCGAUUGGAUCAAUGAGGUCCACUUGCAGUUCCAUCUAGCCGCAGAGACCUUCCAACUAGCUGUGGCCAUCAUCGAUCGCUAUCUGCAGGUCGUUAAGGACACCAAGCGCACAUACUUGCAACUGGUCGGAGUUACGGCGCUGUUCAUUGCCACCAAGUACGAGGAGCUGUUCCCGCCGGCCAUCGGGGACUUUGUGUUCAUCACCGAUGAUACCUACACGGCCCGUCAGAUCCGCCAGAUGGAGCUGCAGAUUUUCAAGGCUAUCGACUGCAAUCUUUCGCGCCCACUGCCGAUACACUUUUUGCGUCGCUACUCGAAGGCUGCUGGUGCAGAGGACGAGCACCAUGCCAUGUCCAAGUACUUUAUUGAGCUGGCCACCGUCGAUUACGAACUGGCCAGUUACAGGCCAUCGGAGGUUGCCGCCGCAUCGCUGUUCCUGUCGCUUCAUUUGCUCAACGGAAACUAUCGCGCGUCCACCGGAUUCAAUGACAAACACUGGACCCCAACUCUGGCCCACUACUCGGGGUACACGCCCACCCACUUGCGGCCCAUCACCCGACUGAUUGCCAAGUUGGCCCGUGACGCUCCCCAGGCCAAGCUAAAGGCUAUUUACAACAAAUACCAGGGCAGCAAGUUCCAGAAGAUCGCUCUGCGAACGGAGCUGAGCGGUCCGCUAAUGGACUCGAUCAUUGGCCAGAGCCAGCGGAAGUAAUCGCAGGCACUGAAUCGGCGUAAACACCUAGUUUAGUUGAAUUUGUUUUCAUUUUUAAAUUUGUAGCGUAUUUCAUUUGUAUUCUGUUCGUUUCGUGUUCGUUACACAAUCACAUGAUCAUUAAUCCAAUCCCCAAUCCACCAUCGUAGUAAUAUCUGCUGGCGUCCCUUAGAGCAGUGUUCCUGAGACCAAGCUUUCAAGAGUCGGCUCCGGCAUCUUUGGCCUCAACCCAAAGGUUGUCCGAGAGCUUGGCCACUGGGAGUGAGUACCGGAAGCUGGAAAACCGAGUGAAAAAAAAAAAACAUAAAUAAGGAGCUCGCCCACUCCUUCCGCUGAAAUGUGAACAAUCAGUGAGGAAGCGAGGGGCGGGACUUUGUGGACACCGAGAGAGUGGGCAACGAGUCAUUUGCUGGCCGAAAACAUCGGCGUUGUCUCUCCAAGCAUACACUAUACAUAUAUAUAUUCUUCACCGCAUCCAACAACCAAUAUUUGUAUUUAGUUUUUUAAUUGUGUGACAAAUUGUUCGUCCUAUGCUAAGAAUAAAACAUAAAAAUUGUGCAAAAGCAUUAUUCAGAAGAUAAACGGUGAGAAUAGAUUAUUAAUAUGCUAAUUAAUAUAUAUUACGCACUAUAAUUCACUUAGAACUCAAAAAUCAAUGCAAACUUUGAACCCAAUAUAGCAAAUAAAGUUUUGUGUAAUUUCAAA